UCCCUAGCCAGCCAGCUAGGCUUCCUCUACAUGCUCUUGGAGUUGAGUUGCAGUUCUGUAUCGCCCGGCCCAGCAGGCAUUUUCGGCUUCUGAAACAACACCUGCAUUCCUCUUCUGCAUAUAACAAGUUAAACUGCCCCGGCCCUUUCUCCUACUGAACUUCGAUCCAAACAACCAAAAGAGUCUUUCUUGCUGGCUUUUCGUUUCUACCAAGGGCGUUCCCGCCAUGGGCGUCACCACCAUGGGCGGCGUCACCCGUACGCACAUCGUCAGGGGUGACUCCCUGGAGGGCAUGCUCGGCGAGUACACGGGCGGCAGCAAGGGCAAGCCCACGCGCGGCGGCGCGGCCAGGAACACGUCCCGCCUCGUGGCGUCGCUGACGUGCCUCCAGUUCGCCUUCGCCAUCUACGCCACCUUCCUGCUCUACUACAUGAGCCCCGCCGUGGACCUCCGCGUGAACGUGAAGCCGGACCUGGCGUGGGCCACCCGCAUCGCGCAGCACUGGAAGCAGCUCAUCGCCGCGCAGCCCGGCGCCGGCACCGGCGCCGGCGCUCUUUCCCCGGAGGAGGUGUGCGAGCACGAGAGCAUCGACUUCGAGCAGAAGAAGUCGACGGACGAGGUCAUGAUCCGCCUCAAGCGCGACCUCUACGACGAGGUGCUGGCGUUCCAGCGCCAGAGCUUCGGCGCCGAGACGCUGCCGGAGCUGCUCCGGAUGCGUUCCCGCUGGAGCGAAACGUCGGGCCCCAACGUGCCCCGCGUCACCGUCAUCCUCAACCACUUCAAGCGCCGCACGCUGUGCGCGCAGCUGGAGCAGCUGCGGCGGCAGACGCUGCCGUUCCACCGCGCCUGGGUGCUGUCCUUCGGCAGCCCCAACGAGGCGUCGCUCCGCCGCAUCGUCGAGAGCUACAACGACUCCCGCGUCAGCUUCGUCGCCUCCGGCUACGACUUCAAGUACUACGGCCGCUUCCAGAUGGCGCUGCAGUCCGAGUCCGACUUCGUCUACGUCCUCGACGACGACAUGAUCCCGGGCGCCCGGAUGCUGGAGAUCCUCUGCCACGUCGCCGGCACCGACAAGUACGCCAGCGCCGUGCUCGGGAGCAUCGGACGGAUCCUGCCGUUCCGGCAGAAGGACUUCACGUUCCCGAGCUACCGCAAGUUCCGGUCCAAGGAGGCCGGGCUGUACCUGCCGGACCCGGCGUACGACAUCACCGUCGACCGCAUCGUGCAGGUGGACUUUCUGUCCAGUUCCUGGUUCCUCCCCGCCGACCUCGUCAAGACGCUCUUCAUCGAGACGCCCUUCACCUUCAUGACCGGCGAGGACCUGCACCUGAGCUACCAGCUGCAGAAGUACAUGGGCGCCGGGUCCUUCGUGCUCCCCGUCGACCCCAACGACAAGGAGACGUGGGGGGACAGCGAGCACCGCCUCGCCUACGUCUCCGAGACGACAGUCAUCUUCAAGGACAUCGUGCAGGUGCGGGACGAGCAGUGGUGGCGGGCGCUCACCUCCGGCUACAUCACGCAGUGGGCGGCCAUGCACCCGCAGAAGGUGGACGCGCUCUUGUACGCGCACUCCCUCGGCGAGGUCCGGGCGCUGGCGCCGCUGCUGGAGCGGUUCCGCACCACGCCCGGACGCAAGGCCUACCUCGUCGUGUCCGGCGGCGGCCACUGCCCCUGCGAGGAGGCCGCCACCGUGCUCAAGUGGCCCAAGGUGGUGUGCAAGGACCGCCGGUUCAAGAUCUUCGACCUCGGGAUCGGCGCGCUGUCCGGCCCGUCGCGCUCCGAGGUGCCCGUGCUCCAGGCCGUCUACGCCAGCAUGCGGGGCAUCGUCCGGAUGCACAACCCCAGCGUGGUCGUCGCCCUCGCCGACAUCGACGCCAAGGUCAAGGAGGCGCUCCGCAUGGCUGCCGACACCGCCGCCGUCAACCGCACCGCGCUCGUUCUCCUCCCCAGGAAAUCCGUCCCCAAAGUGCUCUGGAUGGCCACCCUCAAGCCCGCCUCACUGCCAAACUGGAACCGGAUGCGCAUCUCGGUGAACAUCAUCACGCAGAACCGCGCCAAGUCGCUGCUGCGUCUGCUGACGUCGCUGCGGAACGCCUACUACCUGGGCGACGAGGUGCCCAUCAGCUUCAACAUGGACAGCCGCGUGGACGCGGCGACGCUCAAGGUCGUCAACUCCUUCGACUGGCCGCACGGGGCCAAGACGCUCCGGCGGCGGAUCAUCCAGGGCGGGCUGAUCCGGGCGGUGAGCGAGAGCUGGUACCCGUCCUCCGACGACGACUACGGCCUCCUGCUGGAGGACGACAUCGAGGUGUCCCCCUACUACUACCUCUGGAUCAAGUACGCGCUGCUGGCCUACCACUACGACCCCGGCGUGUCGCUGCCGGAGCUGUCGUCCAUCUCGCUCUACACGCCGCGGCUGGUGGAGGUGGUGAAGGAGAGGCCCAAAUGGAACGCCACCGAGUUCUUCAACAAGGUGCACCCAAACACGCCCUACCUGCACCAGCUCCCCUGCAGCUGGGGCGCCGUCUUCUUCCCCAAGCACUGGCGCGAGUUCUACGCCUACAUGGGGGCGCGCUUCACGGAGGACGCCAAGCAGAACCCCGUGCAGAUCCCCAAGUCGCGCACCAACGGCUGGCAGGCGUCGUGGAAGAAGUUCCUCAUCGACAUGAUGUACCUGCGCGGCUACGUCAGCCUCUACCCAAACUUCCCCAACCAGACGAGCUUCUCCACCAACCACAUGGAGCCCGGCGCGCACAUCGCCGCCAAGGGCAACGUGCUCAAGCACAACAAGAUGGACUUCGUGGUGCCGCUCGUCGCCGACGACUUCUCCACGCUGCUGCCGGCGGGAAAGAUGCCGCCGGCGUCCAAGCUGCCCGUCAUCAACCUCUUCAACCAGGCAGUGUCCCUCAAGGGGCUCAAGGCCGCCGGCGCCAAGCUCGGCCAGGACGUCCUCGAGUGCGCCGCCAAGGAGCUCGUCGCCGUCGACCAAAUCACCGGCUUGCCCACAAACUGCACCGCCUUUUGAGUUCUGACCGAUGGAUGGAAUUCUUUGCUGUUUCAGUGAUGAGCUUGCCCACAAUGUACUUAAUUACUAGUGUAAUUUUGUAAUUCCCAUUUAAUCUACAAUCUAGCACUGUCUGAUACAGUGAUGAUGAUACUCGUCAAAAUUUAAAGGGGGCAGAGAGCGCGUUUUUGCGCCUUUGUCUGGUUAAUUAGAUGAUGAUCCGUGAGUGAAGAGGAGACCAAAAGUGGCUCUCUCUGUCUUCACUGUCGAUCAACUUAUUUGAUUUGGAGAAUCAAUUCAUUUUUUUUAGAUAAUGGAUAUAAAAUAUCCGGCCUCUACAUCCGUGGAUGUACACAGCCAAUUAUUACAAAGUUUGGAGAAAAUAAAAGGAGAAAGCCAAAGUCUACAAAACGACUAGGACGCUAGUUCAAACAAUACAAAUGUUUUCAUCCUUUAUUGGAAAUCUCAAAUCUCUAAAGCAACAACUUCCAAUUUCUUGCUUAUCGUAGAGAGUGCGUCCUUGGCUAUCUCGUCACGCUGCAGAUGGGCCCAAAAGCGUAGCCAAUAUGCUCCUCUGAAGAUGACCUGCAAGAUAGUGUUAUAUUUCUUUUGAUCAAAAACAACAUCGUUGCGGCAUCUCCAAAUUGCCCAUAGCAUGGCAGCCACCCCCCACCCAGAUCAAAUUCCUAAUCCUUUUAUUUUGAUUAGAUAGCCAGUUACCAAACAUGUGGCUGGUUGAUCUUGGUUGGGACAAAUUAGUAGCAAAGAAAAUAAUCCUCCAUAUCAUUUUGGUUAAGGGACAGUCCAGGAACAAGUGUUGGAUAUUCUCAUUCCCAUUACAGCAUAUACACUUUUGACUUCCUUUCCAAUUUUUCCUGGCGAUGUUGUCCUUGGUUAAGACGACCCCUCUUUGCAAAAACCAAAGGAAAAUUUUGAUUUUUAGAGGAAUUUUUAUCUUCUAGAUUUUCUUAUGACGAAAAGGUAUUUGUGUAUCUAUAAGAUAUAGAUACAUUGAGCGGACAGAGAAUAGUCCAGAAUCGGUAAGGCCCCAUCUGAAAUAAUCAGAACCUUCCACCAGUUCGACAUUUGAAAUCCUUGCUACUAAACUAAGCCAAUCUGCAAGUUUCUUAUCCACCAAGGCCCUUCUAAAAGAAAUGUUUAGUGGGCUAGUAGCCAUCACUUUUGAGACUGUUGCGUGGGGAUCCCGUACUAUAUUAUAUAAGGAGUGCUCUAGUUGUACAGCCCAGAACCCCUCUCUUAUGCCA